CGCAUGUGCAGUGCCGGGCCGCCGACUAGCCCCCUGAGGCUCCGCGGACGGGGAGCCAUGGAGGCGGCGGAAGCGAGCCUUUUGCGCCAGUUCCCGUUGCUUCUGCCCCAGAACCGAGCGAAAACCGUGUAUGAAGGAUUCAUUACUGCUCAGGGAAGAGACUUCCAUCUUAAAAUAUUGUUGCCUGAAGAUUUGCAGCUCAAGAAUGCAAGAUUACUAUGUAGUUGGAAGCUGAGGACAAUACUUUGUGGAUACCACCAAAUAAUACAACAAAGAAUGAAGCACUCUCCUGAUCUACUGAGCUUUAUGAUGGAGUUGAAGAUGGUCUUGGAAGUUGCUUUAAAGAAUAAACAAGAAAUACAUGCACUACCUCCCCCUCCCCUGUUCUACUCAAGCCUUAUUGAAGAAAUAGGAAUUCUUGGUUGGGAUAACCUUGUAUAUGCGGAUUCUUGCUUCAGUACCAUCAAGUUAAAAGCUGAGGAUGCUUCUGGUAGAGAGCAUCUAAUCACUCUCAAGUUGAAGGCAAAGUACCCUGUGGAAUCACCAGAUUGUUUUGUGGAUUUUCCUGUUUCAUUUUCUGUUUCCUGGACUCCACAGAGUUCCCUAAUAAGCAUUCAUAGUCAGUUUUUGGCAGCAUUGGAAUCACUGAAGACAUUCUGGGAUGUUAUGGAUGAAAUCGAUGAGAAAACUUGGGUACUUGAACCAGAAAAACCUACUCGGAGUGCAACGGCACGCAGAAUUGCAGUAGGGAAUAAUGCUUCCAUACAUAUAGAGGUGGACCCCAAGCACCCCACUAUGCUUCCCGAGUGCUACUUCCUUGGAGCUGACCAUGUGGUGAAACCCCUAGGAAUUAAGCUGAGCAGAAACAUACAUUUGUGGGAUCCAGAAAAUACUCUAUUACAAAAUUUGAAAGAUGUUUUAGAAAUUGAUUUCCCAGCUCGUGCUAUCCUAGAAAAAUCUGAUUUUUCUAUGGAUUGUGGAAUUUGUUAUGCCUAUCAACUUGAUGGUGCCAUUCCUGAUCAAGUGUGUGAUUAUUCUCAGUGUGGGCAGCCUUUCCAUCAAAUAUGCUUAUAUGAGUGGUUGAGAGGACUACAGACUAGUAGACAGAGUUUUAACAUUUUAUUUGGUGAAUGUCCAUAUUGUAGUAAGCCAAUUACCUUGAAAAUGUCUGGGAGGAAGCCCUAAAAUAAGAAUGUAACAUUUCUGUGAAGAACUGAAACUUUAAAAGCUAUCAAAAGGAUUUUGUUUAAUAUCUUCAGAGAAAAUAUAAAGCAAGACCCACUAACAUCAAAAGUAAAAGAAUGAUGAAGCCAUAAUGAUAUACAUCUGCUUUUGUCUCUUCACUAAGGGUAAACUGGGAAAUUGCAGACCAAAAUCCUGUAGAACUUAAGUCUGUGACUUCCAUACCAGCUGUGGAAGUGCACGUGUACCAAGAUGGACAUCUGGACUUGUUGAAUAUAUCUGGACGGGUAAAAUCUUGAUGGGGUUCAUAAAAUGAGUUUGGGAACUGCAUAAAGCUCUCUUUUUGUGGAGAACUUUUUACUUCAUUCAAAAAUUCUUGCAACUCACAAUAUUUUUGUCUUCUCCUUGUGCUUUCCUAUGGAAAAAGACAUAUAUAGUGUGUUAGAUCUGAGUUAUCCAGUAUUUGUUUUGUGUACUCAUGCUAAAUAAACUUUUUUGUCUUUAUUU